AAAUCUUCCUAAUGAUUUGCGUAAGUACCUGAGCAUGCGUAUGCCGAAGGGCUCACCAGACCACGAUCUCCAGCAGACGAUCAGGGAAAACCUUUAUGUUCGCACAGUGCCUUGUACUACCAGACCUCCAAGGGAAGGAGAGGUGAACGGUGUUGACUAUAAGUUCCUUUCUGUCGAUGAGUUCCUGGCCCUGGAGAAGAGUGGUCACCUACUGGAAAGUGGUCUUUUUGAAGGUAACCAUUACGGGACACCAAAGCCUCCCCAGGAUCCGCCCCCUGAUGCUCCAGCCUCUACCCCAUCAGAACCUGAACCCCAGCCACAGCAGAACAACUCCUCCAGUAACACAACAGAUCAGGAAACUACCAAGAGGCAUAUCAGACCAGGUUCAAAGCCAUCUGCCCCUGGUAAACGUCAGCGAAACAAGUCAACGAUAGAAGCUACCACCCUCAACCCCAAGCCUGUGGAUUCACAGGCGGAGAAGAACCUUGAGACGGUCAGGAAACUUGAAGAGGACCUCGGACCUCUCCCGUCAGACUGGGAGAUCGCCUUCACAGAGACAGGAGACAUGUACUACAUAGAUCACAGAGAUGAGAGGACCCAAUGGCUAGACCCCAGACUUGAGAAGAAGAAGAAACAUGCAGCCGCGGACCCAUCGAAAGAAGAGCUUCCAAAUGGAUGGGAAAAGAUUGAUGAUCCGCAAUAUGGCACAUAUUACAUUGAUCACAUAAAUCGCAAGACACAGUUUAACAGCCCCUUGAAGAACGGCGACAAGACCAACUCACCAAGGUCUGCUCCGAACAGUAGCUACAACAGUCUGACCAGGAACAGACACGCAGAUAGUCCAGGAACUCCCCACAGGACCUCAAAUGAACCCGAUGUGACCAAACAGAACAAGACCAAUGGAUCCAUAGGACCGGAGGAACUUGAGAAUGAGAUGUACAAGUUUACCAACGACCCCAGCAAGUUGAUUGGACAGCGCUACACUACGUACCUCGUGAAAGGAACCCAAGGCUUCGGCUUCACCAUCAUAGGAGGGGACGAUCCCAAUGAAUUCCUUCAGAUCAGAAACAUUCUCCCAACAGGGCCCGCCCACGAUGAUGGGGUCUUGCAGACAGGUGAUGUGUUGGUAGCAGUCAACAAGAAACUGGUUCUAGGCUGCACCCACCAAGACGUUGUUACAAUCUUCCAAGGAAUUAAACCAAAUGAUAGGGUAGAACUGGAAGUGUGUAGAGGAUACCCUUUACCCUUUGACCCUGCCGAUCCUAAAGCUCAUAUAGUAACCUCAUAUGCCAUCGACCCAAACAAAGUAUCCAAUCAGAACGGCCUUGGGAACAAAUCCAAAUCGCUCGGUAACAUCCGCAACCAGAACAUUCCACCCGACUACAUUCCGAACAACUUGGGACCAACUGGAGACGAUGCGGUGUCGAGGAGCAGCCACAACAGCAGGGAGUAUCCCUACACUCCGCCCACCCAGAGGCGGAGUCACGGGCCCUCCGCCAGAAGAGACACCAACCUCAAUCGAAUGCCUCAUGUCAAGUCUCUUCCAGAUCUCUCUCACAAGCAGCAGCAGGGUGGGGAACCGAACACCCAGAGAGCCAAGACGCCCACUCCGUCACUCAGCAGCCAUCCGGGAUACAUGCCAGGAUCACCCAUGAUUGGUGACAGGACCAGUUUAUCCAGCGAUGGAGGGCCGGCAGAGAAACAUGACAUAGUGUUUGUCAAGAGCAACCAAGGAUUUGGUUUCACCGUUGCUGACAGUCCUCAUGGACAAAAGGUAAAGCAGAUCCUGGCUCCCCAAAGAUGCAAGACUCUGAGAGAGGGUGAUCUCCUGGUAGCCAUCAACCGAGAAUCCAUCAAUGACCUUCCGCAUAACCAAGUAGUUCAGAAACUCAAAGACUGCCCUCAGGGUCAGGAUACUGUCAUUACUGUGCAAAGGGGAGGUCUGCUGAAGCCAGUCCGGGGGCUCAACAAGCUCAACAAAAACAGUCCAAAAGUGACAUUGUCCCCAGAGGUGAAGAAAGGAGAGGAGGAGAGAUUCAGUGACUUGAAUGGCAGCAGGCAAGAUGAUGCAGAAGAAGACAGAGCAAGUGUAGAUUCUGAUCAAAAGAGAAAAACUGAUAUUCUUGUGGACGAAAUGAAGAAUAAACUGAAGAAAAAACCUCCCGCUGAUGUCCAUGAUAGACAAGAGAGAAAGCCUGUGAAUGGUGACAGUGACAGAUUACAUAACAAUUUAGAUGCGGACAGUGGGUCAGACCGACACAGUGAUCACGAUCGAUCGCAUCAUGACCGGGAAGUAGAGAACUAUAACAGCAAUAAAGACAGGUACAGGGGGCGAGACUGGCACGAUCCCAAGCGAGGUCCGCAUCGGACAGCGGACCGCCCUCACAGCCGAGCGGAGCUCGACAGGCGGUCGGGUGAUAGGCUACAUUCCGAGCACAUCCCCAGGCCGCAGAGCAGUCGACCUGAUCAAGGAGGGAGGUAUAUGAAUGGAGACUGGAGUGGGUCGUUGGAUCGCAGGAGACCCCCAGAAAACAGGAGGGGUGUGGAGCCCUCACAUAUGGAGUAUGACAGGAGAGGGAGGCCAAGUGAAUCUGGGUAUAGCAGGGAUCCAAGUCGGGAUCCAAGUAGGGAGCCAUCAGAGACAGACUGGAGCCCUGAUAUGAGGAGACAUGGACCGGGGGAUAGACAAAGGAGACCUCCGGAUGACAGGAGAAGACCUGAGACUGAAAGGAGGAGUUCAUCACGUCCCAGGCAUCCGUCAUCUGGAAGCGACCGAGAUGACAAAACCAUUGAAUCUACGGUGUUCCUCAAGACGAGAGAUGAUGGUGGCUUUGGCUUCAGAAUCAUCGGAGGCCACGAAGAAGGAUCCCAGGUGUCCAUUGGAGCUAUCACUCCUGGUGGAGUUGCGGCUCAAGAUGGCCGGUUACUGACGGGCGAUGAACUGCUCUAUGUGGACGGUCAGACAGUGGUCGGUUCAUCUCACAAGAGAGUGGUCACCUUGAUGAUCUCGGCUGGUCGAGCUGGGAGAGUUUCUCUGGGGAUAAGGAGGAGAGUGGGAGGUCUGAAUCAGCCGAGUGGAGGAGCUGGAUCCCGCCCUGCCUCCCGUCCCCUCAGUCCUGCUUCCCCGGCCAACCGGAGAUAUCCUUACGAGGUCAAGCUUCAUCGACGAGAGAAUGAAAGCUUUGGAUUGGUGGUGCUGUCCUCUACUCUCAAGACUGGAUCCAAUAUUGGCCGUAUCAUUGAGGGCAGUCCGGCAGACAGGUGUCGUGACCUGGAGGUCGGCGAUCGUAUCGUCUCUAUCAAUGGAAUAGACAUCCGGAGUAUGCCUCACAAAGACAUCGUCAACAUGAUCAAAGAUGCAGGCACCACUGUUACACUAACCAUCGGGUCUAGAGGUGGAGAGGAUCCUCUGAACAGAAAUCAACCUCCCAAGAACGUUGGUCAUAUGGUGAAUGCUCUUGCCAUGCCUGCACAGAUCAAAGGUAGUGACGGGAGUAUGAGGGCUCCCCAACCGAUGACCAAUCAUAUUCAACCUUCUCAUCCGGCUGAUAACAAGCCAACAGAACCCAUCUACGCCAAGUCCUCCAAGUGGAAGCCAGAACCCGAAAGAAUACGCAACCAGCCCACCAGACCCCCGUCAGCCCCUCCCCAGAGCAUGACGUACCACGAUGGCCCGCCACGCCCAAGCUCCCCGCCCAUGGGCAAACCCAUGAGGGGAAUCCCCAGGCAGCAGCAGCAGCCGCCGCCACCCAACAACCAAGAUGCUGGAUGGGGCGGUCCACAGCAUCCCAAGUCUCCCCAUGCAGGGCGCAGGAGCUAUGAGCCUCAGCGAACCCAUCCAAUGUCUCCCCCACAAGAGAGAAGGUAUAGAGGCCCGCCGGCCAGUAAUCCCGUUACGCCAAGGAUGGAUCGAAGGGGGUAUAAAGAACCAGGGAGACAAGCUCCACCGCAGGGAAAGCAACUCAUGUAUCCACCAAAGCGCAACGAACUGCAGCCAGGCGACUAUUACAAUGUGGACCUGAAGAAAGGAUCCACCGGCUUUGGCUUCAGCAUCCGAGGUGGGAGGGAGUACGACAACACACCUCUCUUUGUACUUAGGAUGGCCGAUGACGGCCCUGCAGCGCAGAGUAUUCUAAUGAGGGUCGGUGAUGAGCUUAUAGAGAUCAAUGGUCAAAGCACAGAAGGUAUGCUUCAUAGUGAGGCUAUAAAUGCUAUCCGUAAUGGUGGAGAUUCUAUUACUUUGGUGCUACGAAGAUCUUACAAGUCUGCUACCAUGGACCCCAGGCACAUGACACAGACCCCACCCCCUAUGUUUAGGAAUGCAUCAAUGGCCGUCUCCAAUUCAUCACUGCAGAGUGACGAGAUGCAGCGUGAUGAUGGAAUGGGUCGAGGAGGAGGAAGUGGAGGAGGGGCUGGAAGAGGAGGAGGAAGAGGAGGGGGUCGAGGACGAGGCAAAGACCACUUCGAUUACUCCUGGAAUUACCGUAGUUUGCCAAGAGGCUUGAAAUAUUAGAGUCCUUUUUUUUUAAUAUUCUUGGAAUUCUCCCCACAUUCAACAUGAAAUGACUUGGCUAUUCUGUUCUACUUAUUUAUUCAUUUAUUUACCAUUAGAUGGAAAUUGAUUCAUUUUUUUUGUACUGUAGAGCAUGGAGGAUAACAUACCAAACGGUUUUUUAGAUUUAUUUUUGUAUUCGAUGCUGAUGCUUUUUUAACGAUAACUUGAUCCAUGUUGAUAACACUAUCAUACAUUCUUUCUAAAGCAUGCUGGAUUCA